AAUGACAACAGAGAGGAUGCUGCUGCUGCUGCUGCUUUGACACUUUUCAACUCUUCAUUUUCAGAAAGCAACAGACAAUAAUGACUUCUUUUUUAAAAGAAACACAAAGCAUCAAAGAAGCGGUGACUUUCAUCAACGCGAUUGAUGUGAACAAGUUCUCCAGGCUGAUCUCCCGCAUCAUACAAAAGCUUCAUCUGAAGGGCGAGCGGACAUUCAGUGACGAGGAGGAAGAGAAACUUCAGGCUGCUCUCUCAUUGGACAAACAGGCUCUCAAUCUAGUCCUGGAAACUGCUGCGUUUAUACUCGAGCAGGCGGUGUAUCAUAACGUAAAGCCGGCCUCUCUGCAGCAACAGCUGGAGGCGGUUCGUCUAAACCCAGACAAGGCCGAGGUGUUCUCUCAAACCUGGGCCGCGGCCGGACCCCAGCUGGUGGAGAAACUAAAGCAAAACACCUUUGCUCCGAAGAAGCUGGAGUAUGUCGGCUGGCAGUUGAACCUGCAGAUGGCCCAGUCCAGCCAAGCCAGACUGAAGUCUCCCAGUGCUGUCCUCCAACUGGGGCUUCGCAAUGAAGACUCUGAGGUUCAGGAAAAUGUCUUUGUUGAUUUUAACCACCAGGAGCUUCUUGACUUCUACAACAAGCUUGAAAUCGUGCAAGGCCAAUUGGAUACCCUGACUUGAUGCCUGGUGCUCUUUGUACAACCCAACCCAACACACACACACAGCUAGAUUUUUCACUGACAGCUAUGCCAGCUGUUGGAGGCCUAGAAAUUCCAUUCUUGCUCUGAUUUAUUUGAGAAAAAUGUCAAACUUUGAAGGACAGAGUUUCUUUCCCCUGUGAGCUCCUUUUCAUGCAGGUCUGUACUCAAGAGUACUCAAGUGAGGUCAGCACUUAAGUAUUUGUAUAUCUUCAUUAAGACGAUGGUGGGAAAAUCCCCUUUGUCAAUAGCCAUUGUACUCAAAUGCAUUUCUUUGUGACAUUUUCUAUACCCAGCAGUGAGGAACUUAAUGUUUGAUGAGAAUUAGAUACAAUAAGAUGUUAAAAAUGUGUCAACAGUCAGUGAUCUUAAGAAUGUGUUCGUACCCUCAAAACAAGGAAGUUAAAGGAAAUGAAAUGUUAUUUUGAGUUGAAACAAAUGGAUUUAGUGACUUGCAGAAGGAGCUAGUGUUCAUGCCGUUCUGAUUAAAUCUGAAGUGGAGGUGAAAUCCAUCCAAGCUGUUGUUAUUUAGUGAAGGCUCAUUAUUUCUCAUUAAGACCAACCUGGACUGCUGGUUCAACAGAUGGGAGUUCUGGGAGGCACAGCGGACCUCCAGUGUGUGUGUGUGUGUGUGUGUGUGUGUGUGUGUGUGUAGAUGGAUGCAUGAAUAUGUCCUUGUUCAUGCAUCUGUCCCUACCUGUGUAUGUGUGCGUGCAUAAUUCCUCUCUUCCUCUGAAUCCAAACUCCCACGUGUUGUUCUCCCAUGCAGGUUCAGUAAACCCAACAGCAUCAGAUCAAAAUAAAGAAUUGACUUUAGCUCAGAAAAACAAUUAUUCCUCUGUCUUCUUACUUUCUGCUGUGUAGGUUUCCUUACUUACAUGCUUUUGGUUCAAUACUUUGACAUCAAUGUAAAUAGUUUUCAGUUUCAUUCAAAAUGCUUCAGGGCCAAUUCAAGGCAAGCUGGUUUGGCAAGCAUAAAUACACCAACGUAUUUAAUUUACAGGUAUACAAAAACAAUGACACAAAAAUAUGAUAGUGUAAAGAUUAAAAGAAGAGAUAAAAGUCACAUGGGUUAAUGGCAGUGGCCAAUUCAUUGCUGACCACUGACAGUGUACUCAACUAUUACCUGCUUACUAAUCUCGGUACACUUAGUUCCAAACUGUUUGUCACAUUAUUUUUUCACAUUAUAAACCAGGUAAUAACAUGUUAAUUUAUUAGCUUGCAAUAAAAAUUGUACCUUGAUUGAA